UCCCCAAUUCAAAACAAAAGAAAAAAAUUAUAUACACAAAGAUGAUAUUCGAAGAAAGUGAGCUACAAUGGUCAAGAAUCUUUCUUUCUGAAAAAUACCAUUUUCUCUUCUUCCCUUUUCCCAUUCUGAACUUCUCUCCAUCUCUCUAAUUACAAGAUAUGACUUCCUCUUGUUGCCUAAGAAGAGCCAUUACUCCUGAAUUUGUCCUCCUCCAUAGAAACAGAAGUAUAAGCUCAAGUUCUUCUUUCAUUUUGAAGCAACAAAACACAUUUUUAUCCAUUCCCAAACUUCUAAUCAGAGUCAAGAGUGGUGGCAGAUUAAUUCAUCACCCAUCUGCUUCCUUAUCCUCCUAUGCCGAAUCCGAAGGUGAGAAACAACAUACAACUGAUGGGAAAUCUGAAGAAUUGGAUUCACCUGGUAUGGCACAGGCUUUCAACAUAUCUUCCCGCACUGCCUCAGCAAUAUCGAUUUGUAUAGCCUUUGCAGCACUCAGCUUGCCAUUUUUCAUGGGAUCCUUAACUAAGGCAAUUGGGAUUAAGACAAAAAUCCUGUCUUAUGCUACUCUACUGUUUGGAUUCUACAUGGCAUGGAAUGUUGGAGCCAAUGAUGUAGCCAAUGCUAUGGGAACCUCAGUUGGAUCCGGAGCUUUGACGAUUCGGCAGGCGGUUCUGACUGCAGCCAUCUUGGAGUUCUCUGGGGCUUUGUUGAUGGGUACCCAUGUCACCAGCACAAUGCAGAAGGGAAUUCUUGUUGCCAGUGUGUUUCAGGGAAAUGAUACUUUGCUUUUUGCUGGCUUGCUUUCUUCAUUGGCUGCAGCUGGUACAUGGUUGCAGGUUGCUUCAUUUUUUGGUUGGCCUGUUUCUACAACCCACUGUAUUAUUGGAUCCAUGGUGGGAUUCGGCCUCGUUUAUGGUGGUCCUGGCGCUGUUUUCUGGAGUUCACUUGGUAUGGUGAUUUUAUCAUGGCUGAUCUCUCCCUUGAUGGGAGCAUUGGCAUCGUUUCUUGUUUACAAAUGUAUCCGAAGGUUUGUAUACAGUGCACCAAAUCCAGGACAAGCUGCAGCUGCAGCCGCACCGGUUGCUGUCUUCGUGGGUGUGACUGGAAUAUCUUUUGCAGCCUUUCCUCUUAGCAAGAUAUUCCCUUUAGCUAUUGCACAAGCUGUUGGUUUAGGGGCAGUUGGUGCAAUCCUAGUCUAUAGAAUCAUCCAUAAACAGCUUGACCACCUCCUUAACAAGCCCAAAUCAGAAGAACUAUCAGAGGAGGAGGAACUAGCUGCUGAUCAUUCUAAGAAUAUCGGUUUUCUUACAGAAAUAGCAGGUCCGAAAGGAACCCAAUUGGAAAUAAUAUAUGCAGUGUUUGGCUACUUGCAAGUUUUAUCAGCUUGCUUUAUGUCUUUUGCACAUGGUGGCAAUGAUGUUUCAAACGCCAUUGGCCCUCUGGCUGCCGCCUUGUCGAUUCUUCAAGGUGGGGCGACGUCUGGGGCUGAAAUAGUCAUUCCAAAUGAUGUUCUUGCAUGGGGCGGUUUUGGAAUUGUUGCAGGACUUAUGAUGUGGGGGUAUAGAGUGAUUGCAACAAUUGGGAAGAAAAUAACAGAGUUAACGCCAACUCGAGGCUUUGCAGCUGAGUUUGCAGCGGCUUCUGUUGUUUUGUUUGCGUCAAAGUUGGGAUUACCAAUAUCCGCAACUCAUACACUAGUGGGAGCGGUUAUGGGUGUUGGUUUUGCGAGAGGGUUAAAUAAUGUUAGAUCAGAAACCGUGAGAGAAAUUGUUGCUUCUUGGGCAGUGACUAUUCCGGUUGGGGCUACUUUGGCGGUUUUCUAUACAUGGAUCAUGACGAAGUUAUUGGUGAAUAUAAUCUAAGGGGGCCUGUCAAAGUGACUAAAUUGAGGAUGUUGGUGUUGGUGUUGUUAAUUGACAAAACCCGAGAAUAAUUUAUUCACGGCUGAAGAUGAUAACUUAUCGUGACGGGUGGAAAUUGGGUCGUUUUGCACAUUUGUUUCCCUCUAAAUUUUGUAACAAUUCUGAGAUUCAUGUGUUCAAAGGGAAUAACUUCAAAGGUUUGUAUAAUUGCAAACAAUAAUUUUUAACUCUUGAUAAGUUCAACCACAACAAAACAUUGAAUAAGCAAAACAUGCAUAAGCUUGGAUGGUAAGACUUUCAAAUUUUGUUGUUGUUA